GAUAAAAAAUGAAAGAUGAGUUUAAAGGCAUCGAGUUUCAUUGGUGGCAUCCAGUGGUGUUUGGGCAGUAGGGUUGAUUCACUACUGGGAAAUUCCACCUUCAUUGAGAUCAUGACUGAAGAGGCUUUUGAUGUGAUGGUGGUUGGCUCCUGUAUGACUGACUUGGUGAGCCAGGCACCAAGGCUGCCGAAAGCCGGGGAAACCAUCCAUGGUCAUAAGUUCUUCAUUGGUUUCGGAGGGAAAGGAGCCAACCAGUGCAUGCAGGCUGCAAGACUGGGAGCCAAAACCGCUAUGGUGUGCAAGGUUGGUAAAGACUUCUUUGGAGACAAUUACAUUCAGAAUUUUAAGGACAAUGGUGUACGCACAGACUUCGUAGGACAAAGCUCUGAUGCAGCCACGGGAGCUGCUUCCAUCAUUGUCAAUGAUGCAGGUGAGAAUGCCAUUGUGAUCGUGGCUGGUGCCAACAUGCAGCUGGGCAGUGAGGAGCUGCAGGAGGCUCUUUCAGCCAUCCGUCAGGCAAAAGUAGUGGUGUGCCAGCUGGAGGUCACCCCGCAGACAUCCUUACAAGCACUACGUAUGGCUCAGGAGAACAAAGUAAAGACUAUAUUCAACCCAGCGCCGGCCAUUCCUGACUUGGAUACAGAUUUCUACAGAGCCUCUGAUGUGUUUUGCUGUAAUGAGUCUGAGGCUGAGCUGCUGACUGGUUUCUCAGUAGUUAAUGUGGAGGAAGCACAUCAGGCCGGUCAGGAGCUGCUGCGGCGAGGCUGUGGGUCAGUCAUCAUCACUUUGGGAGCCCAAGGCUGUGUGGUUCUCAAGGCACAGGAGUCAAAACAUGUUCAAAGUACCGCAGUCACAGCUGUGGACACUACAGGUGCUGGAGACAGCUUUAUUGGAGCGCUGGCAUUUUACAUGGCUCAUUAUCCCACAAUGCCUCUGGAGGAGAUGGCCCGCAGAGCCAAUCAGGUGGCAGGAGUGAGCGUGCAAGCUGUUGGCACGCAGACGUCUUACCCUUUGAAAAAAGACCUACCAGCUGAACUGUUCUGAGAGCAGCAGACACCAGGGUUAACGGACCAAGGCUGCAGUACGUUUUAUUGACCUGUGAACACUACAGUCGUACGAAAUGAGCUGCUUUGGAGAAAUCUGAUAAGGAACAAUAUUAUGACACUGAGGAUUAAUGAUGUCACCAGUGUUAUUUUAAUAUCAAGUUGCUUGUGAUUUCAAUAAAACAGUUUUAUGAAAAGUGCCUGUGUAAUGAGAAACCUACAAACAACAAUCUCAUUCAUUUUUAACAGUUUAUUAAUCGUCAGACAUUGACAGAAUCAACACGUUUUAUGAGCCCAAGAAGAUCAUAUUCCACAAGAGCUUAUUACAGGUAUUAAAUACGAGGUUGUAAAAUAAUUGAAAGUCAAUGAUACUGUAAAGCUUGAAUAAACAUCUCUUUUACACGA